UUAGAGAGUAAUAAACAAAUGAUGUGACGCUGAACGAGAGCAGAUAUAAUAAUCACAUUGUUUGAAACAAAAACAUCGGAUCAGGACGGAAACACACAGCCUCUGAAAAAUGGACCCCACUCUGUAUUUCAUUCUUCUUCUCUCUGCUCUCUGCUCCGUAUCUGAAUGUGUUCAGCGUCAGUAUCACUUUAUAAAUGAGAGGAAGAACUGGACUGAAGCUCAGAGAUACUGCAGAGAGAAAUAUACAGAUCUGGCCACCGUUGAUGACAUGAACGACAUGAACGAGAUGAAGAAGAGUCUGAAUGAUGGAGGUGUUCAGCUCGUCUGGAUUGGUCUGCAGAAGACGGGUCGUGAUGAAUGGAGGUGGUCUUCAGGUGAACCUGCUCUCUAUCUGAACUGGGCUCCUGGACAACCUGAAAGAGCAGAGUGUGGUAUGAUGUUAAAAGGACAAUUUCAUGACUUGCCAUGCAGCACUCCCAAAUAUUUCAUCUGCAACCACACAAACACAGGACCUGUCUUCAUCAAUCAGACGAUGAACUGGAGAGAAGCUCAAAGUUACUGCAGACAGAAUCACAUUGAUUUGGUCAGUGUGAGGAACCAGGAGGAGGAUCAACAGAUUAAGAAGUUCAUUAGUGAUAAUAAUUUAUCUGGAUCAUGGAUCUUGAUCGGUCUGUUCAGAGACUCCUGGCAGUGGUCAGAUCAGAGUAACUCCUCAUUCAGAUACUGGAGAACUGGUGAACCUAAUAAUAUUGGAGGUCAUGAAGACUGUACAGCUGUUGAUCAGAAAUCUCAGGGACAAUGGAUUGACGACUCUUGUGACAAACAAUAUCCUUUUGUGUGUCAUGAAGAUAAACUGAUUGUGAUCAGAGAGAAUCUGACGUGGUCUGAAGCUCUGAGAUACUGCAGACAGAAUCAUGUGGAUCUGGUCUCGGUUCAUUCAGAAGAGAUUCAGCGUCGUGUGAAGAACGUGGUUAAACUGGCGUCUACUGCUGAGGUGUGGAUGGGUUUACGUCACUCCUGUAUUGUUGGGAUCUGGUUCUGGGUGAAUGGAGAGACUGUGUGUUAUCAGAACUGGGCUCCAAGGAACGGAUCUUCAGAAGAGGACUGUAAAGACUCAGUGAGAUCUGGAGCAGUUCAGUCUGGAGGAGAUCCGCUCUGGAUCAGCCGUCCUGAAAACACCAAACUCAACUUCAUCUGCAGAAAUUAUUAAGAGUGAACUUUAUGUAAGACAAUAAUAGCUGGUGUGUUUAAUUUAAUUUUCACUUAUUAAGAGAUUUGCAUUAAAUGAUUUGCCUAUUUUUUUUUACAUAGAAAGGGUGACAGCAGACCACAGUAAAAUAAAUGAAUUAAAAUCUAAAAAUUAAAAACUAAAACUCCUAGAGAGCAAGGGGGCCCUACACAUCUUACAUAUCAAAUUUGUUGAUUAAUCAGAGCGUUGUAGUUGCUUAUUUCGUAAUAUGCUAUGAAAAGUAUAUUGUGUAUACAGUGGGAAAACUAUUUGAUGUUUUAUAGUUUGAUGGUCAACAAGAAAAGAAUUACAGAGGGGAGAUAUAGCUCUGAAUUGGACCUCAGUGUGAUCCAGACUGUGUUCAUUAAUACAGGGUGAGGGAGUAUUGUUUUUAAUUGAUUUGUAUACUUUAUGCAAGUAUUUUGAGUGUAACGUGGGUUUGUGUUAAAUUACUAAAACUGAAAGAUAGACAGACCUUUAUGUGAGAUAAUCAAUGCUGUGUGUUUGUUUCCUUAAUUUUUAUUCAUCACUUUGUAAUCUAAUAUUUUGAACUAGGGACAUGCACAGAUAUUUUGAGGGGCAGGGGCUCAAGUGUAAAAUAAACUUUUUUUUUUUUAAACAAAACGUUUAAUAUACGUGAUGUUGACCAGAAGAAAGUUGUUGAUAUUCAUAUUCUGUGUGGUAAUCAGUUCACAGUACUGAUGGAGAGUAAGUUAUAGGCAUUUUUACAUUUAUGAAGCCAAAAGCAUGCAUCAUCUUUUGUUGAGCUGUUACCAAAGCAAAUUAAAUCAAUACUGAAAAAAUAACAUUUUCAAUGCAGAGGAAACACAAAAGCUGCAUUAGAAGAAGCAUUUAGGUCAGGCUUUAAUGUUUUCCAGCUCCAUUCAGAGUUUGGCUUCAGAAAAAAUAAUCCUAAUCUAAAAAACCUUGAUAUCAUUCAAUGAGUCAAUGAUUUAGCUCAUAAACAUAAUAUUUUUUUUACACAAAAACUGCAUAAUGUAAAAAGCCCAGAAAGGAAAACUGUAGUUUUCACUAUUUAAUUUACUUUAUAGUCUACUAUUAAUCUGUUCUUCAUUAUUUAUUCUGUAUUAUUCCACCUUUGAUAUUAUAUACUAUAUUGGCUGUUAUUCAUCUGUUGUUAUUGAUUUAUGUGGUAUUAUAACAUCUUUAAAAUCACUAUGUUUCUUAUCAGGUAUGUUUAUUAGGGCUGUAUGUUACAUCUCAUGUUGUUAAAUUAAUGUUUAUGGCAUAUUUCAGUUCUCUGAGUUUCAUCAUGAUGGUGUUUGUGUGAAUGACACUGAACACUUUCUAAAUAUGUCACUAUUUAAAAGUUGCUUGCGGUGGGCUUUGGUUUAUCAUGUGACUUUCUUAUCACCGUUUGCUUUUGGUCCGAAAUCAUCCCAAUUAAAGCAACUAAAAAAAACUACUUCAGUCUGUGUGCAGUGAAUUAAUUUAAUACAGAGUUUCACAGUUUAAGUUGAAUUACUAAAAUGAAUGAGCUUUUCCACAACAUGCUCAUUUAUUGAGAUGUACCUGUACCUUAUCUUUUUUGUGUAUUGUUGAGGAAAACGGGAAGUUUUCCCAAUUUUGUAAGUUUUCCUUAUUUAUUUGAGUGAUACCUUGUAUUGUGAACACAUUCUGAUGUGUUACUGAUUUAUCAA